AUGGAGAACACGGCUCCAUUUCAGCCGUGGACAGUAGAAGAAAGUUCUAAAAAUGUAAAAUCAGAAAAGGAAUUAGCCGAUGACGCGAAACUUCAUCGGGAAAAUGUCAAUCAUCCAAAACACAGGCAAACUGCGUCUUACGAUAAAGAGACUAUCGUUGCUUCAAGUAAUAAUCCGGGACCAUCGGGUUCGUCGGAGACGGGCUCGGACCCGGCCAUCGGGAAGGAGUCAAAAAUGGAUUCUGGAAAAAUUUCGUCCAUGCAACAAAUCGUUGAAAACACUAUAAGUCAAGAAGGAAAACAAAGGGUGUCUCAGUUAUUAGAGGCAGUGGAAGCUCUUAGUGGUGCUGAGAGACUGCUGCUCUAUCUCCGUCUUCCCACUGGUGUUCCACCUCAUGACCCCUUAAAACAGCCUGUAAAUCCAUUAGGUUCAAGAGCUGAGCUCCAACAAACAGUCACAUGGAUACAAACACACCUGGAAGUUGAUCCAGACGUUUCCCUUCCGAAACAGGAUGUAUAUGAUGAAUAUAUCGCUCAUUGCAUGAGUAGCAACAUGAAGCCUCUUUCCACGGCCGAUUUUGGCAAAGUUAUGAAGCAGGUUUAUCCAAGUGUACGACCGAGACGGCUCGGUACCAGAGGAAACUCGAGGUAUUGCUAUGCUGGCCUACGAAAAAAGGUGAAACUGGAAGUUCCUCAACUACCAGAUUUGGGGGAGGCAUCCAAGGAAGGACAUGUGGGGUCUAGGGAGAAUGAAAGAAUAAUAUGUGAUUGGGCGGAAACUAAACUAGGUGUGAAGUUCAACAGCAUAAUUGAGCUUUCACGACACUUGGCAUCGCUGAGCGCACAGCGAGCCCCACCCGGACCAUCAAGUGCUUCGCCACCGCCGAUGUCGGUCCUAGUACCAAAUGAAGAGUCUUCUGGUCCACAAUUACUUAAGCAACUGAAGCGGAAAUUACAGGGUACUCCCGGACGACCAAAGAAAAACAAAGGUCAAGAUAUAAUCGUAGAAUCGCCGCCAUCUACCUCAUACAUGGCCAGCCAGCACCCGCCAGUGAAACACGAGAGUGAGAUGAUCCCGGAGGCGAGCUACGCAUACCAGCAGCCGUACGUACCCGUGUACGAUGUGCGACCGCCGUUCCCAUACGCGGCACCGCCCAGAGCCCACCCCCCACACGUCUCGCCCGUGCCCCACCCUCUCGCCAUACACGAAUACCGUCCCGACCCUUAUGUCUUUGAGCCGCCGUACGUCCCGCGGGAGGACACUGCGCAUAACCUUCCUAUCAAUCUUAGCACCGACGCGUCUCUCGAUCUUUCCACCGAAAGAACGGAAUGGCAGCGACGGCGACCUCCCGACCCGCAGACGCAUCGCCUCCCCCUCCCCGGAAAGAAACUCAUCCUUGAAACAUACCAAAGCGAAACCCAAGCGAGCUCGCCGCGUUCACACACCGAGACCUAUCUGCCAAAAAAGAUGCGCGCUGCCGAAAUCCUCGGCGGCAAGGUGAGCGCAUCGAGGCAGACCGCACCGGGCCCGGAUCAGGCCACCUCCAGCACUGCUAGUUUUGACCCGUCUCUCCGUUCUGAGGUUGCUUUUUUAGAGGAUCCAAAAAACUUACCGAGCCGGUCCAAAAGCACCGCCGCGGCGCUGGCCCGGGAGGAACAGGAGGCGGCGAGUCCGACGCGCGCGGUGAAGGCUCAGGCGGCUAAAUGCGAGCGCGCCGGGCGGAAGCAUUGCGGCCGAGCCGCGAGCCCCGCGCCCCCGGACCCCCUCCAGGGGCCCGCCUCCGACUCGUGCUGCGGCAUCGACGGCAUCAAUAUCAAAACCGGCAUGAUAUGCGGGGAGAAGCAUUCCGAGAUACUGAAUCGGGAGCGAGUGAUCAGCAUUUGCAACAUCGACAAACACGCCCUCGACGACUACCUCAACGAGAACAACAGCCAAGAGCACGAAGAGGAGCUCUUGAAGUAUUUUCACCCGAAGGACACGGACAAGGACGCACCGCCAAACGCCAACGCGGCGGGAAAUUCGUCCGCUUUUUUAGAAACUAGUCAAGACACCCACGACGAGCACAGUCAAGGAAAGAACGAGAAGAUAUCGCAGUUACGGGAAUUGUUAGCGAAGAAUUUAAAAAAUCCCAGCGGAACUAACCCGCCCACGAUGUCGGCUAAUUUGGAUCAGGAAGUUUCUGUCGAAUCCUACAGUCAAGAGAACAAAAUAGCGGACGCAGAGGGGGCCUUCAAGCCUGUCAUUAGUUUAGAGAACUCGACCAACGAUUCAAAUUUUGCCAUGCAGAAUGAGAUUUCCAAUAAACAGUGUAACGCAAUGACGAACGGUAACGAUAGUUCGGCAACCUAUAAUUGUGACAAUCCAUCACAACUGAUCAGCGGUGUCGGACCGCAUCUGUAUAACGGCAACUGCAACAAUGAGCCGCAGAGCCCCACCACCAGGACACAACAGUACGACUUCGUGCCCAUAUCGGACGGGUGUCAUUCGCCGAGGAAUUUCAAUUCGAAAUCCCCAUUAGGGUUCGGUCAGCGCAUCAACAGCCCGACCAAAGCGUCCAAGCCGGGCAUCAUGACCGGGUCGCUGCAGACCUCUCCGGUGUCGCAUAGCACCGCGGCCAGCCCGUUCGUCAGCCCGCGGAACACACCGGUGCCCAGAUCGCGGCUGUGUUCGAGGCCUAUACCGAAACUCACCGGGCGAAAGAGGCGGAAUCCGUUGACGUUGGGCAUGGCCGAUCACUGCUCCAACAAUAAUAGACCGUUCGCUAUUCCAAAUGACCAAAAAUUCGUCACAAAGACGUCGUGCAAUACGAGUAUAAAAUACUGUCAGCCCAUGUCGGCACCGCCGUCGCCCAAUAUCCUGUCGCACUACAAGUACCAAGCGCUUCAGAAUUCCGGGAUCCCCAACGGCAUCAACAACAUGUGUCUCUUCUCAGCUAAUUCCUUUCGCGAUAACGUCAACGGCGACAGCGCUCAGCCUCUCUCGGCGGAUCCGCUGUCGAGCGAGGUGAGUCAGUUCUUCCAAGAGCCGAUGCCCAAUUACCGACCCAGCCACGACACGACGUUUCGAUCUCAAUCGGUCCCGCUGAAACAAGCUAUCAAUAAUAUGACGUUACUCAGCUACAACAACACUCCGGUCGGUUCGGUGCCGCCUACCCCUGUACCCAACGAGUUUUGCGACUUUGGUUCUUUAGCCGACUGCGACAUAUCCAAAGCGGGCCUCAAUCCCGAAACGCUGGAUAAGAUUUACGACGCCAUAGAUAGCAGUAACGAAGUCCUCAAUGCGGGCACGACGACGAGUCUUUUGAAUUCGAAUAAUCCGCUGACUAACGGAUGUGACACGUUGUCAAAUCAACCGAUGCUGACGGACGAACAUUUGAGCACGUUUAUACCGACGGGUAGCGAGCUACUAGAUAGAAACGGCCAGUUCCCGGAAACGUUCGCGAACGACUCGUCGAGCGAGAACGUGGAGGAGUUCCUCAAACGAACGAACAGUAUAGAGUUUCAUAUAUCCGAAUUGGAGACGGACAAAAGUAAAUAUUACACGUCCCGGUCCGUUCCGAGCACGCCGCUGCCCUUCAAACGUGUGCUUCCAAAUCUACAAAUCGACUCGCGCCGCUCGAGGGAGCUGUUCGCAGCGGACACCUACACCAAUAUGUCGAACGGCAUAUCGUCCAAAUCCGUGCCGUCGACGCCUCAGUUGGCCGAAGAUAGAAGUAUCUUCAGUUACAGCAAUCGAGAUUUUCUCAUCAACGGCAAUUCUGUUGAAAUCUGCGGCACGAGCCAAGUGAGACCGCUCGUGGACAACGAGCAGGGUCUCACCUCACCUCUCGACGUGUUGCGAGAGGAUAUUCUGGACCCGUUGACGCCGGCGGCCGACCUCCUAGCUGAUUUAGACAAAAUAGAUGGAGCUCCAUACGUCGACCUGUAG